GAAAAAUGAACUGCUUUCUUUCUGAAGGAAGGCAGAAGGCAGGCGAAAGCGUUUUUCCUCCUCCCUUCAGGUCGACCGACAACGACCUUCUCCCCCGUCGUCCGAUAGGGGAACAUCGCUUUCGCCUCUCGUAUUUUCUUCAUGAUUUUCUGGUGCAUCUUGUUUCCGGUGCGUCUUCUCCUUGUUUUCUUUGCCUUUCAUCUCUUUCCCAUCCUUCUCCCUCUCUGUCUCCUGCCUUCUCUUUGGUCUCUCUCCGCUCUUCGCUCGCGUUUUCUCCCGACCCGUCCUCUCCCCCUGUCGAAGUCUACACUGUUAAAGAACGAUGCCUCGUCCACUCGCCAGUCGUCGCCUCUCGGCGCUCCGCGCAUGCAGACGCACCAGUCUCGCCUCUGUUUCAUCUGCUGGUCGCUACUCCUCUCUUCCGUCGGCUCCCCUGUCUUUGUGCUUUCCCGAUGCUCCCUCGGUCUGUCGUCCUUUUUCUGUUUGCCGCUCCCAUUUGUAUGCUCCCUUUUCUCCGGAGUCCUUUGAUUCCUCACAACGGUCCUCUGCACAGACUUAUCGCCACAGGCGCUUCAUUUCCUCUCUCGCCGCUGUCUCCACAGUUAGAUCCCCUACUUCAACUGGAAACAAUCCUGCCUCCCCUUCUUCCCCCGUUUCCUCCUCUUCGUCUUCAUCUGUUCUUUUCUCUUCUUCCUGCGUUCUUCCUGCUUUUUCUGCUUCCUCUGUUUCUGCCUCUUCUGCUUCUUCCUCCGUUCCCUUCUCUGCUUCCUGCGUUCUUCCUGCUUUUUCUUGUUUCCAUUCGAUUCGGGAGAGGAGAGGUGACGGACGAGAAGGUUGCCUCCGCCUCGGAAGCGCGCCCCCGCUCGUCGCUCUUCGGCGACUCGGCUGUGAGAAGACCAGUGAGCUUCCUGCUCUGCCGAAGACGCGCGCGCGCUUCUUCUCCGUCAACGCGGGAGAAGCUCCAGAGCGAGGCGAAGGCAAGGACGCAGCAGAAAACACUGGAGAGCGCGCGGAGACGCAGAAGUUCCGGGAGGAGAAGGACUCCCCGGAAAAGGCUGGGAAGGAGACAGAGGGCGACUCUGCAGAAACCACAGCGUCUCGCGCUGAAUCCCCGACGGAGGCCAAGGACGCGAGAGGCGGUGGGGGAGCGAAGGAUGGCGCAGAGGAUCAGCCGGCAUCCGUCGCAGGCCUGUCUUCUCCACCAUCGCUCUCCGAGGAAAGCGAGGCGGCAACGACGCCUGCACCUCCCGCCGCGUCCCUUCCUCCUCAGUGGUGGGAUUGCCCUGAGGCGCUCGUCGAGUUUCUCCUUCCGCCGCCAGUGGAAAACUUCUUCAGCGUCGACGGCGCAGACCUGGACCGGGGGCGCGUCGAGGCGGUGAUCCGCCGGGUGUACACACACUCGAAGGCGGACCUGGCGGCGCCUGCAGAGCCUUCUGCUUGGAGUUCAGACACCGCGUCAGCGACUGGCGACGCGCCGGCGCCUUGGUUGCAGUACCCUGAGCCGAACGCGCUGUGGCCGAAUCCGCUGCUGCACAAUCACCGUCUGAAGCCGUUUUUGCAUCCAGCGCGCCGAGAGCAGGGUUCUGGUGAGGCGGCGGAGAGCGAGAGGAAACGCCUCUCUGGGGAGGAGGCCGAUGCCGCUGCCCUGGAGGCGAAGCAACUCCGCAUGAACAAGCACAGACUGGAGCAUCUCUGGAAGUUUGCGCGAAGCUACGGGAUGUCCUGGGAUGCGUUGGACGAGGUUUACAUUCGCUUCGUGCAACUCAAGCGCAGCCGCGAGGCCCAGUGGGAGGCGAAGCGAGGCGAGAUUCUUCAGUACGCCGCCGUUGUGGCAGCGAGAGAAGUUCGAGAGAAACGAAAGAAGGAAAUUGAGGAGGCGGGAAUGGACUUGGCAUCUGUGCAGCCUGAGCACCGCGAACAGAUGCUGCUGCCUCGCAGCCUGUACAGAAAGCAGACGCGACGAUUGUUUUUCGAGUGGCGGCGGAGCUACUUGGCGCCAUGGCGCCCGGGGGGCCUUCAGAAGCUGAUGAAGGCGGUCGUGACGAUGCGGAUGCUCCAGCGAGAGACGAGAGAACGUUUUCUGUUCCUCGACGAAGAACGAAGCAAACGUCGCGAGGAACGGGAGGAAGAGCAGGCGCGUCUUGAGGAGGAGCUUGUGACGCUUCUUCAGCGCCAGGCGAAGAACGGCGUAGCCAACCUGGAUCUGGAGAAGUCGGAGGGAGCGGCAGCGACGAAGGACAGAACGAGUUUCGACAUCUGGGAGUUCGACGGAGUGGGCGCGAAGCAGACAGGCGCACCCGACAGCGAAGAAGAAGAAGAGGAACUGGAGGGAGAUGAGGAACUGGGAGAAGAAGCACGAGGAUAAAAAGGUGGAGCGUCGUCGGUGAUUUGAGUCUCUCGCGAGAAGAAGAAUGAGGACUGGAGACAGAGAAAAACGAUGAGAGAGGAACAGCCAGAGAGGACGACGCAGAGAACGUGAGGAUGAAGGAAUCAAAAAGACGAAGCGAUAGAGGGGAGAACAGUCGGAGGAAAGACGGAAGGAAGAGAGACGCUGCGAGCAGCGGUGACAACGUUGUGACCAACGCGGAAGAAGUCGGAGAAACGCAGAUCAAAAGGAGGAGGGAGGUCAAGUACGGAGAGAAGUCGUUUUCAGCGAAGAAGCAGACGCCACGGUGGCAGCAAGAAGAAAAAAGAGAAAGACGCGGGAGAGACAAGUCAGUUGAUCCAUGCUCUAAACGCGAUGUCGAGCCGAACAGACCUGGACGAGGACCGAGGCCAAGGCAGAUAAAGAAGAAAGGAUGGCCGAACAGCCACAGAUGACGAUGGAGAAGAGUUGGAAAGAAAACGAGAGGGAGAUAAAGACAACGAGAAAAGGCGGUUGAGGUAUCGAGGCAGCGACAAACGGAGAAAAGAAACAAGAAUUUCGUUGCCUAUGAUAAAGAAUAAGAGAGAGCAACUGCCAUUAGCUCGCAGUGUCAAACGCCUGCUGGUCUUGUGUUUCGUUUCAUUUCUUUCCUCGAGCUCUGCCUCUUCUCUCUGUAUUACUUCCUAAUGCGAUCCUGCAUCUUGUCAAGAUCCUUGUUUUUGCACUUUGUCCUUCUGGGGUCUCCCUUCCUCGGUUCCUGUUUUCCACCUUGUUGUUUCUUCUCCCUUUGCCUCUUCAUUAUAUUUUGUUUUCCAUUCUUUUUUCGGACUUUUAGACUCCAACUCCUCUGCAUUUCCCCUUGUGAGGCUUGCCUGCAUUUUCCUCCGUUUUUCCUUUGGGCCUUCCUACGCCCGGCAGGGACCUUCCUUGGCGGAGGCCAGCCAGCGCCGCGCUACUCACAGGCGCGUCCAUUUUUGUUGGAACGAGCUUUCCGGCGAAAAGAGUCUCCCCGAACUGCAGGAACGCGUCGCUCGCGUGUGUCUGUGAGAGCCUGGUGCGCCCCAAAUUGUUGGAAAUUUGAAACUCCGUUUUGUUUUAUUCUUAUUUCGUUUAGGG